AUGAAUCUAGUAACAUCUGGAAUAAUUUUAUACUCAUUCUAUAUAUGUGUAUGUAUGGAUCCUGAUGGAUCUGAACCUGAAAAAAGUGAUUCGGGUAUUAGAUUAUAUGGAGAUGGUGAUCCUGUUUUUACAACUACACUUAAACUUACACCAGAAGAAGCUAAUAUUCUGAAAGAUCUUCUAGUAUCAUAUCAAGAAUGUGUAUCCAAAAGCGGUUCAAAACCAUCUGAUGAUCCUAAACCAGAUCUUGGAAUAAUUAGAAGAGAUGGUGAUGGGAACCCUCUGUUUUUACAAACUCAUGAAGUUACGCAAGAAGAAGCUGAAAUAUUGAGUUGGCUUUUAAAAAAUCAUGAUCCAAAACAAGAUCCAUCUGCACCCCCUGAAGAAAGACCUCCUCCCUACUCUCCAGGUCCUUACCUAACACCAGGGCCAUCCGCCCCUCCAUAUCCAAUAGAGACUCCAGGUGGUUAUGGUGGAUAUAUGUCCCAAGGCCCAUAUGGUCAACCAAGUGGAGCAGGUUAUGGAGCACCAGGAUAUGGUCCUUAUUUUCCAGGUGGCUAUGGUCAACAAACACCUGGGACCUAUCCAUAUCCAUAUCCACAACAGGGUCCUUAUGGAGCAGAAGGAGCAACUGGAGGUUAUGGAGGUGGUGCAACAGGAGGUGCUGGAGGGUAUGGAACAUCAUGGGGACAAGUUCCAUCUGCUCCUGAAGCUGAUCCCUCAGGUCCUUCUGGAGUAUCAACUCCAGGUGCUGGUGGAUUAAGAUUAGUUCAUUUAGAUGCUAAAGUUGAAAAUGAAUGUGGGUUAUAUGAAGUUUUAGAAUAUAAUCUUCCUGGUAAAGGUGGAAAACACCGUAGAUACAAACCCAAUUGCGGGUUUGGGAUUAGAAUGGUAACAUACGCAGGAGUAGUAGUUUGGAAAAUGGAUGGCCAACAUCAUGCAACAGAAGUAACACUAAUUGGUGUUGGAACUGGAAAUAAAAAGAUCGAUGUUAAAUUAAGUAAUGGUACUAGGGUUAGGUUCAAAAGGGGUGGUAAAGAUAAACAAUGGAAACGUGAUAUAGAAAAACAAUAA